GAAUUUCAAAUCUUGCUUAUUAUUAGAGCUUCUUAUUGGUCCCUUACUCAUUCGCCAUGCCAGCCACCAAAAAGAUUUCGGACCGGAAUCACUUAGGGCAAGUAUUCAACAAGCUAUUGAAUCAGAUUGGAGAAUCUGAAGAAUUCGAGUUACCGGAUUGGUUGAAUAAAGGAAAACCUACCCCUUAUAUCUUCAUCAGGCGCAAUAUAUACUUGACGAAGAAAGUCAAAAGGAGGGUUGAAGAUGAUGGAAUCUUCUGUUCUUGCUCCUCCUCGUCUCCUGGUUCUUCUUCAACUGUGUGUGGAAGUAAUUGCCAUUGUGGGAUGCUAUUCUCAAGCUGUUCCUCAAGUUGCAAGUGUGGGAGUGAGUGUAACAAUAAGCCGUUCCAACAACGGCAUGUCAAGAAGAUGAAGUUAAUUCAGACAGAAAAAUGCGGAUCAGGGAUUGUAGCAGAAGAAGAAAUCAAACCAGGAGAGUUUAUCAUUGAAUAUGUCGGAGAAGUUAUUGAUGAUAAGACUUGUGAAGAAAGGCUUUGGAAGAUGAAACACCGUGGCGAGACAAACUUUUAUUUAUGUGAGAUAACCAGAGAUAUGGUGAUUGAUGCUACUCAUAAGGGAAACAAAUCAAGAUAUAUCAAUCAUAGCUGCAACCCGAAUACGCAGAUGCAGAAAUGGAUAAUUGAUGGCGAAACCAGAAUCGGCAUUUUCGCCACUCGUGGCAUAAAAAAAGGAGAGCAUUUGACCUAUGAUUAUCAGUUUGUUCAGUUUGGUGCAGAUCAAGACUGCCAUUGUGGGGCUGUAGGUUGCAGAAGGAAGCUUGGUGUAAAACCUAGUAAACCUAAGUUAGCCUCGGAUGAAGCUUUUAAUCUAGUGGCACAUGAAGUGGCCCAGACAAUGCCCAAGGUGCAUCAAAAUGGACAUAUCCAUACAGGGAUAUCAUGGAACAACCUUAGUCAAAGGGAAACAUGUUCGCGUAAUUGCAUUGGUGUGGUGAUCAGGUUAUCUCGCCCCACGAGUGAUAGGUGUUUUGGCCUAGUUAGACAUUUUGAUGAGUAUUCAAGAAAGCACUCGGUGAUGUUUGAGGACGGUGUUACCGAGUUUGUCGACAUGUCGAGAGAAGACUGGGAGAUUGUCUAAUAUUGUUUUCAGAUUUCCUUGGAAAGAAGUUGAGAAACCUUGAAUUAUCUGUCUUGGUAAAAACUGAAGUAACCGAAAGAAUUUGGAAAUGGUGCUGUGGCAUUGUCCUUGCAUCAAACUUGACCUGUGUUGUGCCAUAAUAUAAUGUUUGUAAUAUAUACACCUACUUGUAAGUUGUAACCACAUCUGUACUUUCUUCUCAUUUCGUUGUUUUCAUAAGCAUCUCAAAAUGAUGAUGUCUUGCAAGAAGAACUUUGUGGUGUAUAAUUCGACUUUGUACGGUUGUUGUAUUAACCGGUAAUCUCAUUUCCGGUUUAUUUAUUAGAGUUUGUCAUUAAAUACCGGUUUAUUCU